GAAAACAUGGCGGAUAUUUAGCAUGUCGUACGGUCUUACAAAGCUGACCUUCUCAGUCCCAGAAGUUGAGGACUAUUUGAGAAGUUUGCUGUGUCUUUUAAAGGAACAUGAUGUGAGUGAUAGUACUACUGGAUUUGAUAAGCUACUGAAGGCACUUGUUACUCCACCUUUGUACACUGUUGUGAGGGUUAAUACUCUGAAGACAACAGUUCAAGAUGCACAGCAGGAAUUACAGAAGAUUUUGGAGGAGGAGGGCAAGGAAGCAAGACAACAUCAUUACAAAGUGAUCCUGCAUGAGCAAUUGAAUGAUGUCUUGCUAAUCCAUGGAUUUGGCCCAGACACUAAUCUUGUACCAGUUGUAAAGGAGAUUAUUGUUGAUUCCAACUGUGGGGCUGCAAUACUUAGAGGGGCAGAUAUCUUUGCUCCUGGUGUCAUGGCAGCUCACCCUGGCAUGGAAGGUGGAGACACAGUCUCAGUUUAUGCCGAUCUGGAAGGAAAAUGCCGUAAAGGUCUUACCAAACAUUACAAUGGUAAGAGGGUGUUUUUGGGAAAUGGAACAGCUGUCCUUGCCAGAAAAGAUCUAUUCUGCUCACAAGAACAUGUGAGUGGUGUGGCAGUUCAUAUGACAUCUCCUUUGUUCAGCUGUCCAUCACUUGGGGGAGUGCUUCCUCAUCUGCUGUUCCUUCAAAACUUGCCGUCUGUGGUGGUUGGACAUGUGUUGGACCCUCAACCUGGUGAAGUCAUCUUAGACAUGUGUGCUGCUCCAGGUGGAAAAACCACUCAUGUGGCCUCCCUCAUGGGAGACAAGGGUGUGGUGAUUGCUUUUGACAAGAGUGAGCCAAAAGUAGCCAAACUGAGAGCAAACUGUGAAAAGCUUGGUAUCCAAUGUGUAAAGAGUUUUAUAUAUGAUGGUGUUAAGUCUCUCGACUCUGAGAAACAUUACGGUGGAGAAAACACUUUUCUCUCGACGUCCCCACCCUACCCGUGUGGUAGUUUUGACCGCAUUCUUCUCGAUGCGCCUUGUAGUGCUUUGGGUCAGCGUCCUCAGUUUUUCGUCCGAAUGACUUUAAAAGAGUUACAGUCUUAUCCGAGGUUACAAAGAAAACUCUUCACAACUGCUGUGGGGUUAUUAAAGGAAGGAGGGGUACUUGUUUACUCUACUUGUACUAUAACUCCACAAGAAAAUGAAGAACAAGUAGCUUGGGCUCUGAAGUCAUUUCCUUGCUUGAAACUAGAUAAACAGACACCUCAUUUGGGAGGACCAGGUCUUCGUACUUAUGGUCUCUCAGAUGAUGAAUGUCAAUUGGUACAGCGGUUUGAUCCGACUAAAGUUAAUGUUAUGGACACAGGAGGAUCUCAGUGUAAUGAAGAUACUAUCGGUUUCUUUAUUGCUAAGUUUAUUAAAAAGAAAAUUUUAUAAAACUAAUA